AUUUCAUUUCCAACUGAUAUACCCGCAUGCAACCAAACCAUAACUUGAAAUUCGCGCUUCAUUCCCACUUCCGCCAGGACAAGCAAGAGCGAGUUAGGACUAGUGACGAGUGACGUAAGCAUUCCAGAUCACGCCCUUCUCCUCACUGCAUGACGUCUGACAACUGUUGUUGAAGCCACUGAAGACGACUGAUUCAAGAAUCAAGAGCUCAGUGACGUCUGUAAGUAGAACGCGUUGUCUCCAUUCAAGCACAAAGAUACAGUUUAAUCUCGCUUUAUUUUACAAAGAAGCUGUUUAAACUGGCUUUAGAUUGAACCUCUACCAGAGCGAAUUUGGAAGAGAGAUACAUCUUUAGUCUUGAAAUUGUCGAAGGAUUGAUAAACACCGAACUUAAUUCAGACGCCUGAUGCAUGUUUUAACAACGAAUGGUUGAAAAAUUGAUGAACAACGAGCAAAUCUAGAAGAGCAUUACAUGUUACCAGUAAAUUGUAAAAGAUGGAUGCAGAAGAAAGGAAUUAUUGCUACCUAACACUACUACUCUACAGAGUAGGCCUGGUAAAGUUGCGACAGUUUUUCAUAAACAGGUGGGAUGCCUUGGGUGGCUUUGCUCCGUGGACUGACUGCCCCCAAAAUGGUGCUGAUUUGUUGUUAAAAUUCAAACCUCUUCCUUAUGAAAAAGACAAAGUCAAGUCAGGAGACACAACAACAUGGGAUUUAUCUAUCUUUGUCAAAGCUCUACUGAAGUCCAGACCUCCAUUUGUGCACUUUCCGGAGAGACCUUUGAUUGAUGGCUUGUCAUGUUUGAAGGAAACAAGAAACAUCCUUUCCCACACGGAAAGCGCAAGGAUUAAAUCCACAGACUAUCCCAAGCUUAAAAAUGAUGUAUGUAAAGCAUUGGAGUUACUAGGUGCUUGCCAAAAUGAUUUCAAGAAAGUUGAGGAAGAUGUGCAGCAACCAGUGAGUGAAGUGUUAUCUCUAGUAAAACAGUGUGCAUCACAAGAUACAGACAUCCUAAAUGGGAUUGGUACAAUUCACAAUAAACUUGAUGAGAUACUCAAAGGAAUUAAAACCCUGCAAAAACGGCCGCAAUUAGAAUGCAGAAGUGAAGAUCUGGAAUCAUAUUCCGCCAACCUCAAGGAAGCGGUGAUAAAGAAAACAGRUUUGCUACCGAAAGGAAUAAGUAAAUCUAGACUGAAAACUGACGAUAUAUUCACAAAUCUAACUGUCUACCAAGGCAAACAAAAAUCUCUGCAAGAAAGAGUUCAAGAAGAUCAGCGCACAAGAAAAACGGUGACCGAAAUUGAUGAGAUUUUUGUUGGCGAAAACGAAGACAACCCGAAAUCAAUUUUGGUUUCAGGCGAACCWGGUAUCGGAAAAACGCUUUUCUCGCACAAAAUCCUAAGAGACUGGUCAACAAAUUGUAUAUCGAUCCCUAACAUUAAGUUUACUUACCUGAUAACGUUCAGGCAACUUGUCAUGCUUGGCAACAAAGAGCUCACCCUCAGAGAACUGCUUAACCGCUCCCCUCUUCUGAACACAAGCACCAUGAUGGACGAUACAGUAAUGGCGCACGCCAUUCACCAUUCAGAGCAGUUCUUCGUUGUCCUUGAUGGCUUUGAUGAAUACAAAGACCACAACAAAAUAUUGGGAAGUUUUGAAACUGAAUUUGCCAAUGAUCUUAAAACCAAGAUGCCGGUAGCUGCUCUGAUCAGCAAACUAAUCCAAAAAAAGAUCUUGUGCGAUUCAGUCGUCAUGAUAACCUCGAGACCGGGCAAAGCCAGCAAGUUAGACGAAAAACUCCACUUUGACAGAUGUGUAGAAAUUACAGGAUUCUCAGGAGAACAGGUCCUUCAAUAUGUUGAGAAGUAUUUCAACUCUAAACCAGAAGAAGUAAAAAAGAUGGCCAUGGAGAAAGUCAAAGGAACCGCACAUUACAUGUCAUUUGGUCGCGUCCCUCUGAGGUGUUUGUUCGUGUGCCAAGUCAUCGAGUGGGAAAUCAAAAACAAAAUUACUAGAAAUAAUUNUGUUUACGCUUCCUUGACUAGAAAACUGAACAUGAUAUCAAAGAUGUUUCCUUACUUCCUCGCCGAUAAUAGUAUUACAAAGUAA